AUGAAGACUGCUAUUAAACUGGAGGAUGAUGGGUUCUAUGGGCGGAAGUACCAGCUGGGACAGUGCUGGAUUCUGUGGAAUUACUGCGAUGGCUCCAACUCCAAUUGCACUGCAGGCCACUGCUGGCUCAAGUACCAGGCGACCCCGCCCCUGGGGCAUGCACGUUAUUUCGCAUCCAAGUCAAGGGGGCAUGUCUGGAACCAUCAUCCCUCCACCAGAACUUCCAGUCAGCACUGUGGUAAGGGCCGGCAGUGUGAGAAACCUGGCGAUGACCGGAGCUAUCAUAUUGUGGUCUCCGCCCAGGGCGAAGCGGUGCACUGGCAGAUGCGCAUCAACUACUACCACUACAAGAAGGUCAAGAAGCAGUGCCAGGCUCAGCCCAAGUGCGAGAUGCGCAUCAAUUACUACCACUACAAGAAGGCAAAGCGGGCGUGUGCCAAGCUGCCCAUAUGCCACAUGGGCGGCUACACGCGGCUGCUGCACUCUGGGAAGCCGGACGACCUCAUGUACGAGAUCCCCACCUAUGUGGUGGACAAGCUGCCCGAGGGCCUGGAGGACCCAACCUACCUGGCCCUGAACCGGCCCUAUGCCUUCAUGCAGUGGAGCAAGCAGGCCGUCAUCCCGGAGAAGUACAUCUUCAUGAUGGAGCCGGACCACAUCUGGGUGAGGCCCAUGCCAAACAUCAUGAUCAACGACAGGCCCAUCGGCUACCCUUUCUUCUACAUGGAGCCAGCCACAAGCGGGAUGCUGAAGGUCAUGCAAAAGUUCCUAGGGCCGUUGAGCCGCUCGGAAAUCGAGCAGAAGGUGGCCCCAUUGGGGAGCUCGCCCAUGCUCAUCACAAUGGGCGACCUCCAAAAGGUGGCCCCCCUCUGGCUGGCCUAUGGCACCAUCAUCCACAAGGAUGUCGAGGCCAACAAGGCGUUUGGUUUUGUGAAAGAGAUGUACGCCUUCAUCAUUGGGCUGUACCAUGCUGGGAUCCUGGACACUGAUCUCUCCCCAGAGAUGAUGGCCCAGCCUCCAUAUGACAACCUCUACAUGGGCGCAUACUAUAUUAUGCACUACACCUAUGCCUUUGAGUACAGGGAGGAUGCGUACGACGCUCCUUACCGUUACGACAAGCGCAAGUAUGCUCACGUCAUUCAGCCGAGGAACCUGACGAUGCCGCCCGCCGGAGUGCAGAACGAUCAGGUAUGGUGGGUGCUGAACGCCAUGAAGGAGGCGAUGAAUGCCAUCCCGGACUGGGACCAGUACGAGAAGGACAAGGUGGCCAAAAAGCUUUGGAACGGCGUGUUGUGA